AUGGCCUGCAACGACCUCUGCCGCCCCUGUGGACCCACCCCGCUGGCUAACAGCUGCAACGAGCCCUGCGUCAGACAGUGCGAGGACUCACGCGUCAUCAUCCAGCCCCCCACUGUGGUGGUCACCCUGCCAGGACCCAUCCUCAGCUCCUUCCCCCAGAGCACUGCCGUCGGAUCCUCUGCAUCCGCUGCCGUGGGCAACGAACUCAGUGCCCAGGGAGUGCCCGUCUCCUCCAGCGGCUUCGGCUAUGGCUACGGCUAUGGCUUGGGCUUCGGCUUCGGCUACGGCUUUGGCUUGGGAGGCCUUGGCUGCUACGGUGGCAGAAGAGGCUGCUACCCCUGCUAA